AUGGCAGGCACCUCUGCCCGGCUUUCUCCAAUGGAUAUUGUGACGACAUCCCAAAUGGCCCAGAAGACAGGACAGCGACGGCAGAGACAAAACGUGACCGGAGGCUCUUCAUCGGUGGUCCUGUCCACCGCCGGCUCCUUCUUCUGUUGGCUCGCCCUGCUGUCAAUAAUGCGGUUGCCAAUGGUGACGGCCGACUGCUGGCUCAUCGAAGGCGAGAAAGGCUUCGUGUGGCUCGCUAUCUGCAGCAUGAACCAGCCGCCUUAUGAGGCCAUCCCCUCGCACAUUAACAGCACCAUUGUGGAUCUGCGGCUGAAUGAGAACAAGAUUCGGUCGGUGCAUUUUUCCUCACUCAGCCGCUUUGGAAACCUCACCUAUCUGAACCUCACCAAGAACGAUAUCAGCUACGUGGAAGAUGGAGCGUUCUCAGGGCAAUUCAACCUGCAGGUUCUCCAGAUGGGUUUUAACAAGUUGAGGAACCUGACAGAGGGGAUGCUGCGAGGCUUGGGGAAGCUGCAGUAUCUCUACCUGCAAGCCAACCUCAUCGAGGCUGUUACACACAACAGCUUCUGGGAAUGCCCCAACCUCGAGAACAUCGACCUCUCCAUGAACAGGAUCCAGGUGCUAGAUAGCGGUUUGUUCUCCGGUCUCUCGAAGCUGACUACUUGUGAACUUUACACAAACCCUUUCAACUGCUCUUGUGAGCUGCUGGGUUUCCUGCGCUGGCUCUCGGCCUUCCCCAACAGGACCAGCGAGAGGAUGGUGUGCGACUCCCCUCAAGGAUUCUUUGGCUACAACCUCCUGAGCCAAAACCCCCAAAAGCCCUCCGAACACAACGCCCUUUACGUGCUCAAUCUCGUCUGCACGGAUGAUGGUAGCAGCGUGACGCCCUUUUUUCGCGCGGCAGAUUCUACCACCCCUCUCCCAGAUUUUGCCUCUCCCUGCGGAUUAGACGAUUGUGCUUCCGGGACUCCUCCUGACGAGGUGAUCAGCCUGGGUCCCCUGUCAGGCUACCCUGACACCAAUCCCAUCAUGACGCUGAAGCAGGUGCAACAUUCAACAGCUGUGAUCACGGUUCAGAUCCCUCAUCCGUUCAAGAAAAUGUACAUCCUGGUUCUUUACAACAACAGCUUCUUCACGGAUAUCCAGAAUCUUAAAAGUCAAAGGGAAGAUAUUGAGCUCAAGAACUUAAAACCCAACACUGACUACAGGUACUGUGUGGCUUCGAUACGAAACUCCCUGCGCUUCAACCACACCUGUCUGACCAUCUCUACUGGUCGCCGGGACGGGCCUGAGAGGAGAGCCAAUCAGUCGUCAGCCACCCACUACAUCAUGACUAUCCUGGGCUGCUUGUUCGGCAUGUUACUCUUCCUGGGUUUCAUUGUUCACUGCCUGAGGAAGAAGAGGAUCAUGCAGGAGAAGGAGAGAAAGAUGAGCAGGAUCCAAAGGACGCUGAUAGAGCUAAAGUACGGUGGAGAAGGGGAUAUAGAGGGAGGAAAUGGAGGGUCUGUUUCCCAAAAGCUAGGUCCUGGAGAAAGUCUGUCCAGAAUGCCCUACCUUCCUCAGGGCGCUGAGAUUGAUCCGUACAAGCUGCAGGAGGUGAUAGAAACACCGGUGCACAAGCCUGCUAAACUGAACUACAUGGAGGUGAGAGGAUCUGGCAUUGAGAGGGAGAGGGAACGAGAGCGAGAAAGGGAGAUGUCGCCACAAGCAAAUCCCCAGGGCUCAGUCGCAGAGAUCUCAACCAUCGCUAAAGAAGUUGAUAAAGUCAACCAGAUCAUCAACAACUGCAUAGAUGCUCUCAAAUCUGAGUCUACAUCCUUUCAACAGGGCAUGAAAUCCCCUUCUAACGCAGGUGGAGGGGCUGUUUCUACCGCAGAGCCUCAGCUGGUGCUCCUCUCCGAGCAAGGAGAGAGAGAGAGAGGAAACGAGUUCCUCUCCCCGGUGUAUAAGGGAGGAAGAGGAGGGAGAGAAGAGAGGGGGAGAAGCUAUCAUCAUUCUCUGCAGCGACACCACAGCAUGGAGGCACCUCCGACCUCCAAAAGGCCCAGCACCUCCUCUUCUCCCGGUUCUGCCCGGAGCCCUCGCUCGUUCCGCUCGGAAGGAGGCUACCACUCGUCAGAGACUCGCUACAUCGAAAGGACCUCGCCCGGGGAGAGGGGAGAAAGAGGGGGAGGGGGAGGAGGAGGAGGAGGAGGAGAGGCCAUUCGUACGGUCAACCCGGCAGCGGCGAUACUACGGGCUGAAGCCCAGAGAAUCCGCCAGUACAACGAACACCGUCACUCCUAUCCCGGUUCCCAGCAGCACCUCCAGGAUCUGCAGCACCAUCCACAGAUCCUGCAGGAGCUCCACCACCACCCCGGGGGCCGUAAGCCCUCCAUGUUAGACCCCAUCACCCUCAGCAGGCAGGCCAAGCAACGGGAGUUGGCCUACUCCCAGCUCUCGCCACACUACCCGCUCUCGCCCCAGUACCACAACCUCAGCUACUGCUCCAGCCCCGACGAAGAUGAGGAGGAUGAAGGGCUCCUGUGCACCCCGACCCUGGGGCUUUGGGAAAGGUUCAAACUCCACCGCAAGAGGCACCGGCAGGCUUCCAUGGAGGACGAGGGAUACGUUGCAGCAGGACACGCGCUGAGGCGGAAAGUUCAGUUCGCCAAGGAUGAGGAUCUUCACGACAUACUGGACUACUGGAAGGGUGUGUCCGCCCAGCAGAAGACCUGAUCUGGAGACCCCAAACACUUUGAAGAUGGAGAAUAACAAACCUGCACCCAUAACACAUUGAUACAGAUACAGAAAUGACCUGUAAAUACACACAACUUACAGCAUCUAGACACACACUUAUACACACACACACACACACACUUUACCCAAACCAAGCCUUUGCUUCUGAGAACAUGAAGAAGGACCAAACUAAUAUAUUAUAUUGAAAAUCAUAACUUAUAGAGAGACUGAGUUACUUUUUGUAAUGUAACACACAUUAUAGCUCCGACUUAUGUAGCUAUUUGUACUAAGUUUUGAAUGAAGAAAAAAAAUCAACAAUAAGAGCAGAAACCUUAAAUGCUGCCGGGCAACCCAUCCUGAUCAUGGCUACGCUUUUUAAUCUGCCUUGGGACCGACAUUGAUUAAAAACUGACCAUGGCAGAUUAACCUUACCAAUUCUUAUUACCGCGGUGGAUUGAUUGAAGAUUUCGCUUUUACCAGGGAGGUUGUUUUUUUGGCAUUGCGCCCUGCGAUGCUGCUUCGAAAAAAGAGACAUUUUGAAAGAGUUGCUGUGAUUUGGAAAACAUCUAAAUGACAAUUUCUGGAUGGGUCGCCAGGCAACAGUAAUAUUAAACUGUGCUGAGAAAGAGUAGGUAGCUCUCGCCAGUGAGAGAGAGUAUAACGUGCCAAAUCAAACAAAGGGGGGAUCGUAGAGCCCUACUGUGUACCAACUUCUCCUCGCCACUGUUUUUGUAUACAGAAUUUAAAAAACCUAGAAUGAUAUGUUAUUACUAUUAAUUAUUCUUAUUACAUUACUGGUCUUCUUAUUAUUCCUAUGCUCCUCAUCAUUAAUACUCUAUUAUUUGAAUAUGGCAUGGUUCUGUCGUGUGACUGUGUUUUGACUGUUUUGAACCUCUCCGCUGAGAAGUGCACACCAACAGAGACAAACAGUUUGAUGGACGAGACAUUUGACUCCUUCUUUUUCUACCAAGAGGAAUGUGCUCUCUGCUGGGCCAAACACAAGCCCGUCUUUUUUCUCUUGGUGAAUCCCCCCCCCCCCCCACCCCUCCCAGCCCCGCGCGCCACACCCGCUCCUCAUCCUCCUGACGAGGGAACGCUGUACAGACGAGAGAGAGAAGAUCUAUAUUUGCAACAGAGGUGACUGUUUUGUUUGUACAACAUGGUUUUGAAAUCUUUGAGACUUUUCAGAAAUCUGAAUCCCAAGUUAGUUACCUACCUGCUCCCUUACAACGGUACGUUUUUGAUUUUGAAAUCGAACAAAAAAAAAAUUCUAAUCUUCAAAUGAAUGUCUUUAAUUCCCAAAGGGGAAACAUAUCUGCACUGUUCAAAAUCAGAAAACGACUCUUAAGGAAAAGACUUAAAACUCUCAGCUUCCUUCCCGAUACACUGUAGCUCCACUGUGUUUUAUCAACCAUUUAUUUUUCCCCUUCCUCCCAUUCUCCCAGGUUUCUACCUUUUUAUUUGUUGAUUCCUCUGGUUCCACUGUGGUGCCAUUGUGCCAACUUGGUAAAUCACAAGGAAGUAUUUGAAAUGAUUUUGAAUACUACUCUUUACAGACCUCUUCUUCGUCUCAUCGAUACACAUCAGUUUGCGAGAACAACAUCAAUUUGCACAAAACAACCCAUUGGCUCACUGCUCCCCUUCUAUCCUCCAAUCAUCUAAGACCAAAGUACUGUGGUAGUAAAUUGACCCUUACGGCCCUUCACCCGGCCCCAGCUAUUUACCCACCAUCACCCUUACAGUGACAACUCUAGCACAUGCAUACACAACCACAACCAUACACAGAUGAAUGUAUUCUUAGAGAAAUUAAUACUGUUUAGCAGCUGGAUUUUCUGUUUCUAAUGUAAGAGCUGUAUUUCAAAACAGUGUCCUCAUCUGUCUGUUAGACAACUUUCUUCAGAGGGCCACUUGUGUUUCAGAAUUGGACAUAAAUAGGGAACAUUUGGCUUUCUAAAUGACUAAAUAUGGCCACUCUGGGCAGAUUAUCAUGGACAACGUUCCAGUUUCUGUUACCAGUUGGACCAAAUUUCAAAGAGAAGCCCAAAAUAAGACGUCUAUCGAGGUAAUAGCAAUGGGGUUUUGCCUUAUCAAAGGUUUUCAAUGGGAAAAAGUUCCUGAUAUUAGAGGUGUUGUAGUAAAAUGUGAUAAGCAUCACUAGCGUGUUUGAUAUGAGACUACAUGUACGUCUGCAAUAUCUGCAGGAUCUAAAUACUGGAGGCUGAAAAGAGGAGAAAAAUGUGAUAACUAAAUACUGAUGUUUUUUUCUAUACAGAACUGUGAUUCAGCAACUCAUGUUAGAGGACUGUAAAACCAGGGAUGGAGUCGACAACAUUUCAAUUCAGUGGAUUUUGAAUGGAGGAUUCAAAGUAUUGACGAACAAUUUGUAAUUACAAAUGUUUAUACUGACUGAAUCUCAUCCACAACGAUUUCUGAAUUGAAACAGAAUUGACUCCAACUUUGAAACACUGGAAACAACAGAGCUGGCAAACAAUGAACCCUUCAUUGGUGAAUGGAAACACUGUAUAAAAUCUCUUUUCUCUGCUAUAAUGAGUUCAGAAUGCUCAAGUCAUUAAGCCCAGUUAAAGCCAUAAUCGUGGGAAAGUGAAAUAACCACAGCUGUUUGUAGCACUGCAAAAGCACAUUCAUUAGUGUGGUAAAAAAAACAGGUUCCUCUCCCCAUACUGCAGCAGCUACAUGGACACGGUUCCUCUGCAGCAAACACUCCAGCUCUGAUCCAAAAGGAAACGGAUGAGCCGUGUUUGUUUUUGCAUUACGCGUCCCAGAUUGUGGCUUUAACUUAACAACAGCCUUAAAACAUUCGAUUUUCUUUAAUCUUUGAAAGCAUUGCUUUGAAAAUCGAAAAAAUGUCCUGGUUUCUUAAUUUAUACUUUCAUGUCUGCAAUUUUAUAAUUGCUUGAUUCUUAAGCCUCACUUGAGCAUUCUUUGAGUAACAGUAAUAUCAAUGUAGCGAUGUAUUAAAGUACUGUUUUUGGUUUUUUUCUGUUCUGUUUAUGAACAAUAAUGGCCUGAUUUUAUCGUGUCAGAGAGUAGCAGUGCCGUCUGGAGUCAGACGACAACAAGCUGACGGUGGAGGCGACCGGUCCACACUGACCCUGAUCAGUGUUGCUAUUCUUUGAACAGUGAUGAAGAGAAACUGUGUUUUUAAAACAACAAUGCCUAGAAAGUGGAAAUAAAUAGAGGUCCUACUGACAACAGACAGAGACGACAAUGGAGCAUGAUGCAAGGAAACCCUCAGUGGAGGCUUGUGUUACACACUUCUAGUGAAUGACUCAGGAGCGAGAGAGAGAGAACGCUCUGCCAUAGGAUCUCUCAGAGGCUUUCUUUCUUUAUUUUCUUGUCAAAAAAAUUAAAAUGAGCACAAUAAAAUAGCCUUUCUUUCACUGUCUCCUUUCCUGGAGAAAUCAUUCAUCUGCCAGACAUUUUAAACACACUCAGGACUUUCACAUUUCAACAUUUUUCGAUUGGUUGCUUUGGUUUAGUACAUGCUUAAAGGGUCAGUUUACCCAAACUCAAACAGGUUUCCAGUGGUACGGAGAAGUUUUGGUGGAACUUGUUCAGGUUUUAAGAACACGCCGCUGAGAUUUAGCUUACACACUCAACACAACACGGGGAGAACCCAUUUGUUGGCAUUCAAACACCUCAACAGAACCAUCUCUUUCCAUGGCUUUGUCCCACUGUGACCAAUCCACAGAACACACUGUUGAAAGUUUUGAGAAGAGGUAGUGCCAAAAGUGUUGAUCGUCCCUAUAAUUCCAAAGUAAAGGUAUUAUAGAGUAAUGGGAAUGCUUGUUCAGGAAUGAAAAAUUGCCGGACAAUGAGAGAGCAAUCCCGAAACAUGCUGGGGCUGUUUCUCAGUUAUUAGCUUAGCUGGUGUAAGGUUUCAUUCGGGUUAGGGUUAGGACACAAUCAUGAAAUUGUCGUAUCCUUAGAAGAUGUGUAAACUGCGCUUGAGGUUUGCUCUGAACCUGGUAGCUGUGUCCUGUAGAAAACACAUAAACUGUCAAAGUAACUGUAUCUGUAGACAUGGUUUAUCUGACGUUGAAGUUUAUAAAGUUCAGUAUACGGACAGAUUUCUACUGCUUAAAUCAUUUAUUGUUAAUUUCUAAAAUGUCUAAUCUUUUAACAUGUAUGUUCUUUUGAAGGCAACACUAUAACCAAGUGUGAAACUUAUAUAAUUGUGUAAUUACAAUUAAAGCUGUUACUUUU